GAUCCAGUCGCGAUUCGUUCUUCGUCUGGGGCGCGUCUGAUUCUCGCUGCUGUGUCGUGGUUCGGUGUGGUUCGUUGCUGGGUUAUUGUCGUUUGUCAUAGAUCUACAAAGACCUUCUGUUGAGAGGGACUUACGCCAAGGGUGGGAAGAAGUAGUACCAGCGAAUAUUGGCGUGGUGUGUGUCACGCAUGGUAGCACUUGCGAAAACCGUGGCUCUCACCCUUCCUCAAGCCGCUUCCGCUUCCCUUGAGUCCGCCAGCGACAGAAAGCCUACGACGCUUCCCUGAACACCGGAGAGAUGCCCGGGAACUUCGUCUUCACGCAGGAUAACCCCGAUAACCUCAACUGUGCAGGGGAACCCGAUACCCUGGAACCUCACAUGCGCGACACCAUCAAGGAAAAUGACAUCCUGAUUUGGAUCUAUAACAUGAUCGACGAGGCAGCCAGGGUGGACUUUGAAUUCUUCCUGAAAGAUGGAUGCAUUCUGUGCAAAGCAUUCCCGAGGACAGCAUCACGUGGGAGGGCGCUCGGAGCAAACAGCAGAACAUCAAGAACUUCCUCGAAAAAGCGGAGGCGUACGGCGUGCCCAAGGAGAAGCUCUUCCACCCGGAGGAUCUGCUUCACUUGCGCCAUGUUCCUCGAGUGACGAGGUGUAUUUACGCCCUGGCUAAAUUGGUGGCACAGGACCCCAACAUGGGCGAUAACUGCCCCAAGCUGGGAGAUGAGCCGAGCUUCAUGAAGGAGCAGAAGAAGAAGAUCGACGUGCCCGGACACAGAGACACGAAGGACGUCUUGGCACAGCUCACCUCCGAGAAACCGAAGGAGGAGAAGAAGACGACCAAACACUCGCUGUAUAAGUGAGGGGAUUGGUGACAGGGAACCAAGAGAGGGAAAAUAAGGGUUAAGGAUAAGGUUAUCGAGGAAGAGAAAGAAAACACAGAAGGCAGAUGUGUUCAUAUUGAUUAAUCGAUACACAACAAUGACAAAUUAGAGUGGUGUAAGAAAGGAAAUUAAAAAUCGGUUUAUAAAUAUGUGUUAAGGGACAGUGGUUGCAAGAAAUUGUGAGAUGAAUGAUUUCCAGAAAAAUUAAUGUUAAAGGUUAAAUUUUAAUCAGUCCUUUUGCCUUCUGUGAUUGAAAUUCUACAAGCUCUGCCUGCUAUGAAUGAUCUACAGUGAAAAUCGUUGAUUUGAAUGCCAUUUAGUUAUAUUUAUAGUGCACUUCAUGCUUGUAUGUUGGUUGUAGAUGUAUAAUAUUUCAUCAAUGUUUCUUUUGUUCUUCACCUAAACCACAAGCCUUUUAACACACGUGCUGCAUUUACCAUUUAUUCUUAAAGUCAUAGACAAUUGAAUUCUGUUUUUAUAGUAGUUAAAUGGUGUUCUACUUUCUUGUAUUUAGCUGUUACGUAUGUAUGUUGUUGCAUUAACCCAGAGUGUGAUUAUUUGAGAUUCCUGUUAUG